UGGUGUCGCUUGUAUGCCGGCCGGCUGCCGGCCGACGUCGUCGUUUUGACAGUUCUCGGUUCUCGCGUCCGCCGCGUGCUCCGUUGUUGCUGCGGUGAUUUUUUCGGUGCGUGUUGCUGCGAUUAAAUAGUUGUUUUCCGUGGUCGCGUUUACGGAUUUUCCGGUGAUUUCCGUCGCGAAAAUGGCCUCCGCCUCCGCCGCAGUGUCGCGUGUGAAACCGCUGGUAGUGAUUCUCGGCUCGACCGGCACCGGGAAAACGAAACUUUCGAUCGAACUGGCCCGGCGUUUCGGCGGGGAAAUCAUCAGCGCCGAUUCGAUGCAAGUUUACCGCGAUCUGGACAUUGUGACGGCGAAAGCGACCAAAGAGGAGCAACGGCAGGCCCCCCAUCACCUGCUGGACGUUGCCACGCCGGAUCAGACCUUUACGGUGAUCCACUUCCGCGAGCGAGCGGUGCCAAUUAUCGACCGUCUGCUGGCCGAAAACCGGAUGCCCAUCAUAGUAGGCGGAACAAACUACUACAUCGAAAGCGUUCUCUGGCAGAUUCUGGUUGGCAGUGGCGUCCGCCAGGAACGUAUCCGUCGCCGCCGCAGCCCGUCGGAAGAGGAAGAACCCGGCAAAAAGCCAAAACUCGUAACUGGUGGUGGCGACGAUGAUGAUGAUGCGCCUGCCGGCGCAUCCACCAGCAGCGGUGCCGGUGGCAGUAGGCCGGAAGAAAGUAAAAGUGAUUCUGAGAAUGAAAACGCAUCAAAAUUGGCGGCGGUGGCGCCGAUCGAGAAGAAAGUGCGUAUGGAAGAAGAACGACUCGUAAGUGAAAUCAGUGGGGAAGAUAGUGCUGGUGGGAUUGCGCCUGAUCAAGUGGAAAAAGUGCUGCUAAUGACAACGGAUCAGAUGGAGCAGCAGGAGUCUACGCUGCUGCAUGGCGUACUGCGACGGGUGGAUCCAGUCACAGCCGAUCGGCUGCAUCCCAACAACAAGCGAAAAAUUGUCAGGGCACUCGAAGUAUAUCAGCAGGAGGGCCAACCGUUGAGUCGCAUCCUGGAGGAGCAACGUGCUCAGUCCGAUGGCUGCAAAUUGGGUGGACCACUGCGUUACCGUAACGUGGUGCUGUUCUGGCUACGCUGCGAACAGGAAACGCUCAAUGCCCGACUGGACGCUCGAGUGGAUUCGAUGGUCGCGCAAGGCCUACUCGUCGAGAUAAGACAAUUCUACGAACGCUAUGUGAAACCCUACGAGGAUAACGACUUCCAUCAGGGGAUUCUGCAGAGCAUUGGGUUUAAAGAGUUUGUCGGAUAUCUGGAAAAGUUCGAUCAUGAGCACGAUCAGUUGAUUACCGACUAUAUGCGACAGGCCGAUCGAACGGAAGGAAGUCCUCCGGAAGGAUUGCCGCUGCUCCAGAAGUGCCUCGACAACCUGAAACUGGUGACGCAACGUUAUUCCAAGAAGCAAAUUAAAUGGAUAAACCAUCGAUUCUUGGGCAAUUCACGUCGGGAGGUUCCUCCGAUUUACGCGCUGGACACGACCGACGUUGGCAAGUGGAAGGAAAAUGUUUACACCCAAGCCGAGCAGGUCAUCGAAGCAAUCCUGGCGGGUGCGACUCCAUCGAAGGAGCCUCUGCCCAAGCUGACCACGGCGAGGGAAGGUCUGAACGAGGAAACGUCAUUCUUCUGCGACACCUGCCAGCGCACCAUAGUAGGCGAGUACCAGUGGCAGCUCCAUUUGCGUUCCAACAAGCACAAAAAGUGCCUUCAGAGCAAAUCCAAGAAGGCCAAGGAGUCGGGAGAGGGGACUUCGACGAAGGAUUGAUGGAAUGGAAGGUGAGUAGUUCGCAAUUUUGUGAAUUUCAAAAUAGAACUUUCAGUAAAUUA